GGUUACACUGUGGAACGGCUGGAGACCAAUACUGAAUAUGAAGCUUGCUACACCGAGGAAGCACUUUAUGCUGAGCACGGUGAUAUUUCCCAACAACGGUGCUGUUUUCCGUCUAAUCGUACUUUUUUGGUCUGUUGUGAUUUUCUCGCCGCAGGUCACAGGUAAGCUUCACCGCAGAUGCUCGGUACGAUAAUCCGAAACUGAAGACUGUUCUGGAGAUUCGCGAACAUUGAAGGCCACAAGUGACCUGUCGAAAGGAGCGGGAACAUGGCUGCGAUGCAGAAGGUGACUCUGGUGUUUGGUUUGCUGCAUCUGACGUCGGCGUACCUUCAACGCCCAAAGAUAACUGCGUGUCCAGGGAGGACAAGUGAUGUCGUUACUUUGCGUGAUGUCACGCUGUCGAACGUCAGGGUCGGCCGUACGAUGAUCUUGAGCUACAGCAUGGAGGUCAAACAGAAUCUUACGAGGCGUGCGAAGAUGGCAUUCACAAUCACAUCUGGAUCAAAGAAACUGCCUUGUUUGAAUUCGGUCGGCUCCUGCACCUACAGGAUGUGCGGGAGCACUAAGAAAGCCGACAUGCAAAUUGGCAAGCCCUGGAACAACAAGUGUCCCAUUAACAUAGGGAAGUACAGGAACAGCCUGAAAGUACCAAUUGCAUUCUUGGCGUGGUUGUACAUUACGGACAACAGGAUGCACUUCAAAAUCGAAGAAAGAAGUUUUCCAAAGCGGCUAGGUUGUAUAGAGUUUGACGUAAACGUCGAAAAAACGAAAUGACACAUGAAAAAUAAAGCUAAAUAAUUAAUAAUGCAAGGAAAAGAAAUACAUACAUAUAUUGGAAACAUACCUUGUGCGAAGUCUUUGUUGUAGAGAAUAUGGUCAUCGCAUCUCUUCGUAUGAAAGUGUAGGGAAUAAAGAGAAGAAUACAA